CCCGCCCUUAAAGAGCCAGUGACUCUGAUUGGUUGAAUGGUACUGUACUCUGCACAUUGACAAUAAAGUUGAAUCGAAGCUUAUGACCGAGAUCACUUCACGGAAACGAAACUCAAACCGGAAUGCGAGACCAGUGGAGCGACGGACCAGCACAGCGUCAGACCAGUAGAGCGUCAAGGUUCCUCAAGAAACGAGCUUCUCCUAGACAGGGCGUUCCACGCUGCCAGGCGAUCACACAGAUCAUGCCGGUCCAUGUCCUCCCCAACAAAUGUGUCUGAGGACCAGCUCCAGUGUCCCAUCUGUUUCCUGGUCUUCACUGAUCCCGUUUCCACGCCAUGUGGUCAUAACUUCUGCAAGGCCUGCAUCAACCGGUUCUGGACCGACCAGACGGCGCCGUGCUGCCCGUGCUGCCGGCAGCCCUGCAGACCCUCGGAGAUCAGGGUGAACACCGGCCUGCGGGACAUCUUGGAGCUCUUCAUCAGCACCCGAGAGGAGGAGGGCUCCGUCGCUCGGCCAGGGCAGGUGCCUUGCGACGUCUGCCGUGGCUCCAAGCUCAGGGCCCAGAAGACCUGCAUGGUGUGUCUGGUGUCCUACUGCCGCAACCACCUGGAGCCGCACCGCAGGGUGCCCGGCCUCAUGAGGCACCAGCUGGAGGAGCCGCUGCAGAACCUGGCCGGCCGCGUGUGCCAGAAGCACAACAAGGUGCUGGAGGUGUUCUGCAGGGAGGAGCAGGUGUGCGUGUGCGUCCUGUGUAUGAAGGAGGAACACCUGACCCACCAGACCGUCUCCCUGGAGGAGGAGGCCGCAGAGAGGAGGACUGGUCUAGGAGUCAGGGCGCUCCAUUUGAAGGAGCAGCUGAAACAUAAAGCCUUUGAGAUUCAAGACGCAAAGAGAUGCAUGGAGGACAGAAGGAGGGAGGUGGAGACAGACACGCAGGAGUGCGUGACGACUUUUGAAUGUCUAGUUGAUUCUGCUCAGGCCCACAUGAAGCAGAUGCUCGGAGUGAUGAAGGAGAGGCAGAAGUCAGAGGAGGAGAAGGCUACACAUCAUCUCAGAAAGCUCCACUUUGAGCUAGCAGAGUUCCACCAGAAGAGCAAGGAGAUGGAGGAGCUCUGCCAGACCAAGGAUCCCCUCCUCCUCCUCAACGGCUCCUCCGGGCCCCUCCCCGCCCCCCCGGCUCCCGGGGGCCCCACUGGGGGCGCCGUCCGGCAGCAGCCGCUGUGGGCGGCGGAGGUGAAGGCGUUGGUGCAGAGGGUGGAGGAGACUCUGAGCAGGGAGAUGAAGAGGGUCCUGGCUGGGGAGGAGGACGAGCUGAAGGCCCAGCAGCGCCACUGGGUGGAGGUGGACCUGGACGCUGACACCGCCCACCCCGGCUUGGUACUCUCCCAAGAUAAGAAAAGAGUGAAGGACGGAGGGCCGCUGACCCAAGACCCUCUCCCCAAAAACCCCAAGAGGUUUGACUCCCACCACUGUGUUCUGGCCAAGAAGGGCUUCUCAUCGGGGCGUUUCUACUUCCAGGUGGAGGUCAGGGGUCAGACGGGGUGGGAGGUGGGGGUGGUCAGAGAGUCCAUCCAGAGGAAGGGUCCCUGGAUGUGCCUCCGCCCCCAGCAUGGUGUCUGGACCCUGGGUCUCUACGAUGGGCAGUACCAGGCCAACGCCAGCCCCCCCGUGCCCCUCCACCUGGGGCAGCUGCCCCAGAAGGUGGGGGUAUCUGUGGACUACGAAGGGGGCUGCGUCUCCUUCUAUGACGUGGACUCCAGGACCCUGAUGUACUGCUUCAGCGGCUGCUGCUUUAACGACUUGUGGUUCAGCAAGUACAAAGGAACCAACAUCCUCCCCUUCUUCCGGCCCAGUGACAGACCUGGCGAUGGGCCUCUGAUCAUCAGUCCCGUCCACCAGCGCUGAGGUUAAGGUGUGUGUGACGCACAGGGUAGAGGGGGCCGUCAACCCCCUGCCCACCGGGUUCCAUCCCCACGGUGUGGGUCGUACAGGACUUCUCCUCCAGGGCAUCAGGGGCUGCUGGCUGUUGGGGCGUUGAGGAGCCCAGAUCAACACAACCUUUACCUCUCACACCUUUAAAGGUUGGAGGGUUUUGUUCAUCCAUACCUCCGGAUCCGGAUUGCGCGACUUUGAAAAUUGAACUUUCAUCUACGCUUGACGCUUGCACAGAAGCAUACGGCCAACAUCUUUCUUUAUUCUGGGUGGAAAUAGUUACAUAGUUACGCCACUAAAUGCGUUUUUGGAAACAUUUUUAGCGAGAAAUGUGCAUUUUACUUUCAUAAUGUUCGCUCGGUGAAUGUGAAGGAUGUUUGGUUUGAUAGUUAUGACGAAGAGGGAACGCUCCGUUCACUUGCAUGGACAUGGACUCAUCUAGCUGCGUUGGCGCGUUGACACGUUGGAAGAGUUGAACCACCACACACUGAUCAAGCAUCAGGUUAGGGGCGUUACUCGCGUUAUCCAACGCGAGUAACGCGGUUGGUGUGGCCGUACCAUUACUGUAUAUGCCUGAUAUAUAUCUAUAUAUAUAUAUAGGCCUGAUAAUACUCAUAGUUAAUAUAAAAGUAAUUGUUAUUUCUCCCAUAGUGCUGCUGUCAAGGCAUUAAAGUUUGCUUUAAGAGUCUACUUGAAUGUGCUGACUUAAUUUGAACACAUUUGGUUAUGCAGAUGCAUAUUGAUGAUAUUGAUGAUAUUGGUGAUUCUUUAUAAUGGUCAGUUGGUCUUGGUUCAUGCAGCUGAGCACAUGUUACCGGGAAGUAGCUAAUCGUUUGUGCCUAUACACUAUUAGUCUGUAAGAACCUGAUUCUUUGAACUGCUAUAGUUAAUUAUUCUGUAUAAGGCUAAUUCCUGCAAUAGUCCUGCUAUGUAAAAUUAUUUUCCCUUUCUAUUUCUGUAUUGUGUUGCAGUUUUACAAAAUAAAUGUACAAAUCCCAUGGAGACUUCAGUAAAUGUUACAAAAAAGUCAAGCGUUUUGGAUUCAUUGGAGGAUUUGAAGGUUGUUCUCUAGCUGUCAGUGCGAGGGCAGCACAGUAAUAGUUAACUUUAACCUUUACUGACUCGUUUGAAGUGUGAGUGAAGGCCAAGGAUUUUUGCUCAAUAGCUUCUGAGUUAUGGGACCCAGACACCCCAGACCAAUGCAGACCUGUCCUGCUAUGU